CCCGUGUUGACUCUCAGUAGAAAAUGGCGAGUUGGUGCGCGAGGCGGUUCUGCGCGAAUGAGAGGUUUAUUAUUCGCCGCGACGCGGACAGAUGGAGGUCUGAACUCAUCCACAGCGUGGGUCUUGACAAUAUCUUGGAAGUGUUUUUUGAAACACAACUUCUGGAGGAUCUCAGGCUUUUAAAAGAUUUUAAGCCUGCAAGUGUGUCAAAUUGGUCAUUUGAUGAAAAUUGUCUUUUCUGCUGCUUAAGACGAGAAAAAGUGAAGGAACAUGUAGUUGCACUCAACAAACAAAUUGUGGAAAGUGGAGGAAAGCCUUUACUAGGUAAAGAUCCUUCUAAUAUCAGCAGACUUGAGUGGCAAUCAGAGGAAUUCCUGAAUGCAGUGUUACACAGGAAAGAAUACGCGCCAAGAAUUCCAGAUCCUCACAUCCCUGUGGUAGCUUGUGGUAUCUUGCAGCAGAUGAUUAAUAAGUUAGCUUCAUAUUAUACCUCAAGAAACAACUGCUCUCAGGACUCCCUUCAGAACAAUGGAAAAAAGGACCAAAGCCUUCUGAAAACUAGCUGUAUCACUUCAUCCACUGCUGUCAAAAUAGACUCCGUUGCUUCUGCUCAGGAAAAGUUCGUCAUGGUGGACCAAGAUGCCCCGCUGGACCUUUCUCUGAGAAAGAUCAAAGUGGAGGACUUUGAGCAAGAUGGAGUUCUUGAUCUUUCGACUAAGAAGAAUUUUAACAAAGGCCAUACAUCUUUAAGGAAUUCUCAUGUCAGCCCAACUACACAUUUGGUCAAAAGGGACUCCAUCGACCUGAGUCUUGCUCAAGUAAAAGAUCUACAGUCUGUGAACACUUUGGAACUGUUCAUGUCAAAGCUGUGUUUGCACCACCAGCACCAAAUAGUUGAUGCAUUAGGCUUCUUACAAAGCGAAGUCAAGACUGUGGCUGCUUCCAACCAUUUCCAAGCACCCACACCAGAUUUGUCUGAGAAGCAGGCAACAACCAGCUGCAGUUAUGCAUCGUUUGAAACCAGCUCUGAGAUUCAGCAGUCUGAGAGAACAUGCUCCGUGGAUGCUGCUGUGAGCGUUUGUAAGACUCGAGAGUCAUCUGUUGUCACAAACAGUCAAAAGCCUAUUGCAGAGGUGUUAAAGGCUGAUGUUUCCAGUGUUGCAUGGGUAAUGACUGAAAAACAAGUUGACAUUGGCAAAAUGGAAGUUUUGUCAUCUUCAUCUUGUGGAACAGGUGUUGAGUGUGGAAAUACAAGUUCUGCAACAGAAUUGUUUGUCAUGACAACACUUUCCCCCCUUUUCCUGAUAUGUCAAGGCACCUUGGAAGAACCGUUUUGA